AAAUUUAAAUUAAAAAAAAAAAAUGCAGCAAAUAAGUUUCUCCAAAUUAAAUAAAUGAAAACAAAAACACUAGAAUUUUCUUCUGUCCAACUAUGAUCAAAUAUAUCUUCUUCCCCCACCAUGGAUCAAGCAGAACAAGCAUACACAUAACGGCCUUAGAUGGGACGCUUAACGUGAACUCAUUGUUCACUUUGGCCGUCUUCCUAGGCAUCUUCAUCAACCCGGCGGACCCCACAAGCAGCCUUGUGGGGACAACUGCCUGCGCCGCAAGCUCGACUGUGGCCAAGCAAUUUGUGGAGUUUCACGUCUACUCAUUCAGCUCCUUCCUCUUUUCCAGCCUCAUUGCAUCUUGCCUUAAGCUGGCCAUAAGGACCGAUGAUGGGAUUCAUAGACCCAGUGCGGGGCACGUUAAUCUGCGGGUUUUGCGAGCUGGGAUUUUGGCAACGGCUUGUGGGUCAGUGGUGGGGUGUGCAUUUCUAGGACUGGCUCUGGUGAACCUGAUGCAGAUCAAGCUGGGCAGUUUGGGUUGUUGGGGAUGGCACACGUUGGGGGCUAUUGGCCCACUCGUGAUUUUAGUACCCGUUGCACUUCUUAUUUAUAUAUGUCUCUUGUGUUAUGCUUUCACAAGAUAGUUAUUUUUUGGUGAAACAAAUUUUGCAUUUAUGACAUCAAGUCUUCAUCUGUGUCCUUUUCUGGUGUUUAGUUGUGUUUCACUUUAGACUCCAAUGAUUUGAAUGAAUGUUGUAAGAAUGUGAGGGAACAUUAAUAUAUUUCUUGUAUUAACACAUGAGUAUAUACAUGUAUAUAAAGGCAUAAGA